CUGGUGUGUGACUCCUUGAGGGAUUUCUGUAGAGCGGGGGUGCUGCACAGGGGUAGGAAUCCCUUUACAGAAGCCCCCUGCCGUCCAAUCAGGUGGUGUGUCCCAGGCACAUGGUCAGGGCUACCCCAAAAUAACCUGCACCCGGCAUGCUGACAAAUGCUGCUUGUAUUGGUGAUAGGUUUCCCAAGCUACUUGCAGCCAUAUUUCCCUUUAACUCAAAGGUUACCUCUCUGCCAGAAUAAAAGGCUUAAGCUUCUUCCAUUUUCCUUCAAGCCCAGGAAGACUGGUCUCUAACCUUUGUUGCACUUUGAGGACUACCAGUUCUGGACGUGUACUACUUGGUGUAUCAGAAGGAUGCAAGAGAACAGCUUGGAACCGAAUACGUCACUAGCUCAAAUUUUGAGAGAGAGCUACAUGGUUGACUCAAGAGCUGAGCGAAGGCAUGGUGAAACGGGGUCUGUGGACGCGUCUCCUCAGCAUCUGCUUUAUGGAACUCACCGUGGAAAAUCAGAAGGCUCUGUUGGACAGGAGGACCUUCCGGACCUCUCGGCCUUCUUAAGCAGUGAAGAGCUGCACAAAAGCGUCAACCUAGCACGGCAAGCCAUUGGUCAAGGCCCACAGGAAGAGAGGCUGGGGGAUGGCCCCCAUGCCCGAAACCCAUCACCUGAGAAAAGGAGGUACCCACAGUCUCAUCCACUGUCACCAGACAGGCAAACACAGCCAUCCGCUACCAAAGAAAACAGAAUCAAGAAUAACAGGAACCCAACAGAAUCUCAUUCAGAUUUUCAAAGGCCAGUAAGAAACACCCCGUAUGGACCUGAGACUCAGUCUAAAAAGGAAUUCCUUAACAAGGCCGCCGACUUCAUAGAAGAACUGUCUUCACUCUUUAAGGCCAACAGUUCUAAAAGGGUACGUCCCCGUGCCUGCAAAGCUCACAGAAGCAGAUCUAAUGUAAAGACUCAGUCAGACAGCGCUGUUUUUGCUUUCAAUUCAGAAGACAGAGAGAGACCAAUCUCCCUCUCACCUGACCAACUGAUAAUGGAAACAGGUGACAGAGAAGGUACCACCCCACCCAUUGGUAAUCAGCUGGACAUACAAGAGAGUUGCUUGGAGGAGGAAGAGUGUGGACAAGAGGAGGAAGAGUGUGGACGGGAGGAGGCUGAAGAGACUGAGCUCUGUGAUGGUGGAGAGGUGGAAGAAUGUGAAGCUGAAGGCCUGGAUUUAACCGCGGUCGAGCAGUCUGCAGAGCCUGUUCCAGAUCCUCCUAGGUUCAUUCAAAAGCUUAAGAGUAGAGAGGUACCAGAGGGUAGCAAGGUUCAGUUGGACUGCAUUGUAAGAGGAUUUCCUGUCCCUGAAGUUAGGUGGUUUUGUGAGGGGAAGGAGCUGGAGAACAGUCCUGAUAUUCAGAUUCUCAGCGUUGGAGAGCUGCACUCUCUCAUCAUUGCAGAGGCUUUUGAAGAAGACACCGGCCGCUACUCCUGUUUUGCCUCCAACUUCUAUGGCACGGACUCUACCUCUGCAGAAAUCUACAUUGAAGGUGCUUCUUCUUCUGAUUCAGAUGGAGAGCAGCAUUUUGUUGGUGUAACACAGGUGCCAAGGAAGACUUCUGCGUCUUUUCCCGUUUCACCACCAUCAACCAUUGUGGAAAAUUCCCUUUCCCCCCAGCCACCUGUCUGUCUGCCAGUUACACAGUAUCCUGAACAGGAAGCGCCUACUCUGCUACCUCUACAGGUGGCCACAACCCUAUCUGCACAAGUGUCCACUCCGCUACCUGCUCAGGAGUUGUCCACUCCUCUAUCUGCAGAAGUGGUAUCUAGUUCUCCACCAGCACAGGUAUCUCCACUGUUACCUGCACCUGUGUCCACUGCAGAGGAAGUGCCCACUCCAAUACAGGUGUCUACUUCCCUCCCUGCACAGAUAACCACUGUGCUACCUGCAGAGGAGGUGUCCCCUCCAUUAUCUAUACAGGUGUCCACUCUUCUACCUGUACAGGAGGUUUCCACCCCGUUGCCUGUGCAAGUGUCCACUCCACUAACUGCACAGGUGACUACACAAAUACCUGUACAGGUGUCCUCAUCAAUAACUGCACCGGUGACAACGCCAAUACCUGUACAGGUGUCCCCAUCACUAACUGCACAGGUGACAACGCCAAUACCUGUACAGGUGUCCCCAUCACUAACUGCACAGGUGACAACGUCAACACCUGUACAGGUGUCUCCAUCACUAACUGCACAGGUGACUACGCAAAUACCUGUACAGGUUUCCCCACCAAUAACUGCACAGGUGACAACGCCAAUACCUGUACAGGUGUCCACUCCAGUAACUGCACAGGUGACCACACCAGUGACUGUACAGGUCUCCCCAUCACUGACUGCACAGGUGACCAGGCAAAUACCUGUACAGGUGUCCCCACCACUAACUGCACAAGUGACAAAGCCAAUACCUGUACAGGUCUCCACUCCAGUAACUGUACAGGUGACUACACCAACACCUGUAAAGGUAUCUACUCCACUACCAUCAGAAGAGGUGUCCACUCCACCGCCCAUACAGUUGGUUACCUCACAGAGACCAUUUCUGGAGAGUGAAAACUGCGGUAGCUAUCCACAUGGUUUAGAUGGAAGACCAAUAAUGGCUGCCCCUGUUUUUACGAAGAGUCUUCAGGACGUGUCGGCCUUGGAGGGCCAGCUGGUAGUGCUGGAGUGCCGGGUAAAGGGGGUUCCCUCUCCGCGAGUGGACUGGUACAGAGAAGGGACUGUGAUAGAUGACUCCCCUGACUUCCGAAUCCUGCAAAAGAAGCCCCGCUCCAUGGCAGAAUCAGAGGAAAUAUGCACUUUGGUAAUUGCUGAAGUCUUCCCAGAAGACUCCGGAACAUUCACCUGCACAGCAGUCAACAAAUAUGGGACUGUGUCCAGCAUUGCACAGCUGAAAGUUAAAGCCAAAGCGAGUCGCGCUAUUGACACCAAAGCAGCGAGUAAGGGAACUGCGGAGUUUGCCAAGCACAAAGCACCAGAGCCCGUCUCUGCAGUCCUCACUAGGCCCUGUCUGAAGCCUCCGGAGGAAGCAAUGUCUGAAUCCCACACGUUCUCUGCGCAUCCGCUCAGCUCCAUAUUAAAGCCCCGGGUGGACCCAGCGCCGGCCGUCUCCAACACCCUCCCCCCUGAUCCCCUCUGCUUCAAGCUGCAAGGGUCAGAGGUCAGUGACGCUGAGCCCUGCACCCGCAGAAUGCUCCCCCGCGACCCUCCCCCCUCCAUUCUCAAGCCCAAACAGGAUGGCUUCGUGGCGGCUUCAGACCCCCCUGUCCCGCCGGGGACCCUGCCGAACUACGCCGAGUCCUGGCCCGGCCCCCCCGCCCCGGAGCCGCCCGCGUCCUGUCUUAAGCCUAAACUGGAAGGGGUCCUGGUGAACCACAAUGAGCCGCGGUCGAGCUCGCGGGUGGGCCUCCGCGUGCACUUCAAACUGCCAGAGGACGAGGCGUCUGAGGACAGCGAAUCCCACGACGCUCUGCACAAAGAACCCCCCCCUGUUCUGGCCAAGCCCAAACUGGACCCUGUGCAACUCCAGCUUCUCCACAACCAAGUACUACUUGAGCAACAGCAAGAAAGUGCCCCUCAAAGCCAGCAGGAGCCAUCCCCCUGGCCCCCCUCAGCUUACCCUGAACCCCAGCCUACCCCCAAUAAUCUCCUCAAUUCCACUGCCACAGCCCUGUCACAGACGGUGCAUACGACCAGCACGAACAUCUCCCAAAGCUACAGUUCCAACAGCAGCAGCAACAACAUGGUGCAGAAUUUCAGCUACACCAGGCCCAGGGAGUUUGUAGCUGCGCAGGGCCUCUCCCCCGUCAGCAGUCUCUCUGAGUCACUCUCGCCCACAGAAUCCCCAGUCCCCUUUCUUAAUGCCAUGGCAGCGCAGUUACCCCAGAGACCUGUCAGUUCCCCCCCAUUUUCACCUACAGCCAAUCAGGUUACACCCCAUGCCCCCAAGCUCUUGCCAACAAGAGUCCUGAGGUCUCCCACUAGCCCCCCCGUGCUGGUUUCGUCACCCCCUCCGAUGCCCCACCACCUCUUCGGCUCAGGUUUCUCUCUACGGGCACAGUCCCCCCCACAAGCAUCUUCUCCGACCCCCAGUGGAUCCACGCCCAGCCCCAUCCAGAACCCAGUGGCCUUCCUUAGCUCGGUGCUUCCCUCCCUGCCUACAUCUCCUCCACCUCAAACCAAUGCCAUGGGACUGCCCAGGGGCGCCCCUGUCACACCAUCCCAAGGAGCAGUGAAGAGGUUCUCAAGAACCCAUCGAUCUCUCUCAGAUGAGGAGAUCCGGGACAGCAAAGACAACAUUGUACAAGACCUGGAGAGGAAACUACAUUUCAGAGACAAUUCUGCCCAAAAUGGGCAACAGGAGUAUCGGGUGUCUAACUUCGAGCAGAGGCUGAUGAGUGAGAUUGAGUUUCGCCUGGAGCGAACACCAGUGGAGGAGUCUGACGAUGAAGUUCAGCACGAUGAGAUCCCCACUGGGAAGUGCAUUGCACCCAUCUUUGACAAGAAACUCAAGAACUACCGAGCCAUGGAGGGAGUGCCUGUGACAUUCAGCUGUAAAGUAGUUGGAAUUCCUGUUCCAAAGGUUUACUGGUUUAAGGAUGGAAAGCAGAUAUUGAAGAAAAAUACACAUUAUAAGAAGAUGAGAGAGGGGGAUGGAACCUGUGCUCUUCACAUCGAGGCCACCACAAAUGACGAUGAUGGGAACUACACUGUGAUGGCCGCCAACCCUCAGGGAAGAAUCAGCUGCUCUGGUCAUUUGAUUGUCCAGACUGGACCCAUACGGAGUCGGCUGACCCCGAUGAUCCAUUCUCAAAGAAUACGGUCCCGGGCGCAGGAAGCGGAGGAAGGGGAGCCUAUUCAGGAGCGCUUCUUUCGACCUCACUUCCUGCAGGCCCCAGGGGACAUGUUGGCUCAUGAAGGAAGAGUGUGCAGGUUGGACUGCAAGGUAAGUGGGCUACCAAGCCCAGACUUGAUGUGGCUUGUCAACGGGAAACCGAUUCUUCCGGAUUUUUGCCACAGAAUGCUGGUGAGGGAAAAUGGAGUUCACUCCCUGCUCAUCGACCCACUGAAGCAAAGUGAUGCAGGAACCUACACAUGUAUCGCAACAAACAAAGCAGGGCAGAGCUCUUUCUGUCUGGAGUUAAGCGUUGUGGCGAGAGAGGUGAAGAGACCCCCGGUGUUUGUGGAAAAGCUCCAGAACACGGGCAUUGCCGAGGGGUCACCGGUGAGGCUGGAGUGCAGGGUGGUGGGCAUGCCCCCUCCUGUCAUCUACUGGAAGAAGGACAAUGAGAGUAUUCCUCUCAUGAAGGAGAGAUUAAGCAUGCACCAGGAUGCAACAGGAUAUGUUUGCCUGCUGAUUCAGCCGACUAAGAAAGAGGAUGCUGCGUGGUACACAGUAUCAGCUAAAAAUGAAGCAGGAAUUGUGUCAUGCACAGCUAGGCUGGACAUAUAUGCUCAAUGGCACCAGCAGAUCCCCCUGCCCAUGAAGACCUCGCGGUCAGCGGGGAGUCGCUAUGCCGCCCUGGCCAGCCAGGGCCUGGACGUCCACUCAGCCUUCCCAACCAUGGAAAACAACCCCAUCCUGUUCACUAGCACUCCUGCAGAAGCUGCAAUGGAGAGCGAGGAACUGUAGGGGGCAGUGUUACAUACCCGGCCCAUCACCUGCGGCUCUCACCCUAUAAAUACCACUUUUGUUUUGAAUGUAAGCUUUCACCAGAAUUGCACCUUUGCUAAAGUCCAUUAGAGUCCAUGUCUUUCAGGUUUAAAGCGGUCAUGCACAGGAUAGGAAACAUCGUGAGAGGUCUUUGUUGACUCACUGUAAUUUGUUAUUCCUGGCAAUUACUUUUAAAAAGGCUUUUGUGUUGUAUAUUUUUCAGGUUUUUUCUACUACCUGUCAAAUGUGAUGGUGGCAUUGGGGCUGAAAAAGCUAACACUCAUGUUAGCAUACCUUACAAUUGUUCCUUUGUUUUAGAUAUUUUGUGUUUGAUUUUUUUCUUGUUUUCUAUUGCCAAAUUGUCAGUAUAAAAAGAUUGGAUCUUAAUAUAAUUUAAGAAUAUCCUUUAUUGCAGAUUUUGUGGUACUUUAACUGAGAUAAACUGAGCUGGUAUGCAUAGAAUGUUAUUAAAGAUGCAAUGAAAAA